AAAGAAAAGAAAUGCAAGCGGAACCAUAGUUUUUCGUUGUUUCCGCCCGGAUCGAUAGAUUCGUCGCACCGCGUCCAGUCGACAUCGACGUCCCGAAACAUCAUCAACUUGAAGGAAAAAAAAUAUUUUAGACAGACGCUUAAAUUCACUUUGCCGUGUUCGUUUAUAUUUUCGGAUGUUUCUGUGUUUUAUUAGCGGAAGAUAAAAACGCGCUUUGAAGAAUCCGCGCCGCUCUGCGCUCACUGGUAUUUAAUAUUGGGGAAACUCUUUAGUGUCGCGCUGGACAUGAAUCGCUCCUUGUGCACGUGAGAACACAGUUCAGUCGAGUGAUUUGGGCUUGGAGGCGCAGACAUGGCCAGCAGCAGCUCUGUGGACAUGGACCCAGACGUCGCGCGGAGGCUGUUUGAGGAAGGCGCCACCCUGGUGCUGCUGGGUGUCCCUCGGGGCACCGAGCUGGGGCUGGACUGCAAGAGCUGGCAGGUGGGUCCUCGUUUCAGGGGCGUGAAGAUGAUCCCCCCGGGCCUGCACUUCCUCCACUACUCCUCCGUCAACUCUCCGGCGUGUGGUUCGGAAAUCGGCCCGAAGACGGGCCUGUUCCUCACCCUCAAACCCAGGGAUGUGAUCCUGGCCAGCUGGGACCCCAAAGAGGAAGAUCUGGACUUCUCAGCCUCCAAGAACGAAGAGGAGGUGAGCCGAAUCCGGGCCACCUUACAGGAGCUGGAUCCUUACCUGGGCCCCUAUCCCUACGAGGUGAUGAGGAAGUGGGUGUCUCUCUCUGAUCGCAUCAGUGAAGAGUUGGCCAAUAACCUGCAGCCUCUGUCUGGGAGGAUAUGCGCGUUCAGUGAUGUUGUCCCAGAGGUCCAGAUGAGGCACACCAAGGACAGGGCUGAGCAUCCCAGGAAUGACACCGCCUGCCAGAGCAUGAGGGAGGGACUGGACAGGCUUCCACGGAUGAAAGUGAGGGAGGGGACGGAGCUGCGGUUCUCUGACAUCCCCAAGAAGACUUACCCCCCAGGGGCAACGCCGGCCGAGAUCACCCAGUGCAGCAUGGACCUGAGCUACGCUCUGGAAACAGUCCUGGAGAAGAACCACCAUCUGCAGCCUCUCAACCUGUUAGGUGAGCUGCAGUUUGCCUUUGUCUGUUUCCUGAUCGGGAAUGUGUACGAGGGCUUCGAGCACUGGAAGCGUGUCCUCUCCCUGAUGUGCCGCUCGGAGGAGGCCAUGCGGACACGUAAGGACCUUUACCUGGGGCUCAUCGCCGUCCUCUACCACCAGCUGGGAGAGAUACCGCCUGACUUCUUUGUUGACAUCGUGUCGCAGAGCAACUUCCUCACCACCACACUGCAGGACUUUUUCCAGUUCGCCACUGGGCCUGGUGUAGAUGGCGCCCUGCGGAAGCGAGCAGAGAAAUUCAAGGCUCACCUGACCAAGAAGUUCCGCUGGGACUUUGAGGCAGACCUGGAUGACUGCGCUCCGGUGGUGGUCGAGCUUCCCGAGGGCGUCACUGUGGACUGAAGUUGCUUCGCUGUGGAUUCAGUGGCUGCAGCAGAGACACUGCAGCAAAGCUGGGAAGGCUUCAGGAGUUCAGAAGACUCCCAACGAUCUGCAGUGGCACAGUCCGGGAUGUAGUGGCCCAAACUGUCUCAUCACAUGAGCAGAGGUUGUGUUUGACUUCAUUAUGGUCUUUCUUUUCUUUGGCAGAGUCACUAAACAUCUUCUCUCUAAGUUCAAGCAUCCAGUUUUCUGCCAUUGUUGAUUACAUUUGCUCAGUGAAGUGAAAUGUUGAGUUAAAAACACUGAAUCUAAAUCUGAAGCUCUCACGGAGGUUGCUGCAUAUCAGAAAGGAGCGGCGCCCCCUGGUGGUGAUAUGAUCAAUCAGUGUGUCGCCUUUAAAAUCAAAUUGUAAUUUUAACAGUAAUUCAGUCACCAGAACACAAACCACAACAAACCAGUUCAAUCACAUUAAUAUAUGAUUUUCAACCUUUUCAGAAGUUACAAAGUACAUGUACAGGAGAAAACUAUUUACACAUGUGGCUGUAAUUCUAAACAAUAGAUUAUUAUAGUGUUGUCACUACCAGUGAGCUGGUAGAAUUUAUUAAACUCUGUCCUGUUUUUUUAUUUGAUUAAACAAUCCUUUUAAUAAAAUAACAAUAAGCAGAUAAUUUAGUUUUUUGCUUGUUAUUCCUUCCACCUGUCUACUACACUGUUUUAAUGCAGUUUAGAGCUGUGACACACACACACACACACACACACACACACACACACACACACACACACACACACACACACGUUUUUCAAUAUGCAAACUCCACACAGACAACUCCCAGCUUUCAUUCAGAGUUAUCUCUUUAUCUUCCACUAGAUGGCGUACACAGACUUUUUUCUUUUAAAAAGAAACCGACCGUUCCGUGUUUCCGCAGAGCUUCCUGGGACUGU